UUUACCAAACUUGGCAUGGCGACCAAUCUAGAUGAGUUGUAGCUUGAGAUGUGUAUGCAUUUCGUGUGCCCUUACUGCCCCGCGAGCGCGAGGUCUUGCUUUCCCCGGGGAUGCGCGCAUCUCUCUCUCUGCAGUGAGCAGGAGCAGCACAGAUGAGAAUGAGCUGGAUGAUGGGUGGUGUUAAUGUUUUACUACUGGUGCUGCUGGUCUGGAUCUUCACUGCUGUCUCUGAAGCCAAUAUUGAUAUCAAAAUUAAGUGUGAAGAUGUGACUGCACAUGUGGGAAAGGAAACAACUGUCAACUGCACAGUCACUUUUCCAAACCAUACAUGCCGCACAGAAAUGUACAAGUUUAUGAAUAUAACAGCAGCAGCUCAUGAAAUUUUUAGAAAUGAGUGCAGAAAUGAUUUGAAAUGCAGAAAGCUGCGCACAUUUUCAUGUCCUUACACUGAAAAUAAAGCCAUGACAACAAAACUCAAAUUCUUCUUGCAAGCCAACUGUGGAGCAGAGACAAAAGAAUUCAGUGUGAGCACAACAGGUAAACCAACAGCAUUAACAGGUGAAGGGUUUGGUGAAUCUGCAAAGGAAACUUUUGGCCUAACAGUCGCCAUCAUUUCUGUCAUGUGUUUGAUCAUCAUUAUCAUGGGAUUAAUUUACAAGAGGAAUCUCAACUUCAUCAACACUGGAUUUCAGAAGAAUUAUAAUAUGGAUGUGCAUGAAAAAAUCCUCAGUAAAUGUUCAGAUAGAGAAACAGUGUAACAACAGCAUCACAUCAAUAUGUAAUAUGUUCAUGUUUAACUAAAAACCCAGCACAUAUAUAGGAGAUAAAACUAUUUGUGAUAUGAGAUCAAAUCUACCUACCCAGUCUCCUGAGGAUGCGUAUAAAUAGCACGAAGUGUAAAACUCGUGCAAUACAUACCCCAAAUUCCACUUUGGCGUGCAUAUGAUACGCCAGUCCUUCCCAUUCACUUAAACGGGGCAUCUUUUUUUUGUCAUUUUAUUUAUUGGUUUCUCAAUUUUUUUCUGUUUUUUAAACCAUUUUCGCUUGGGUUUAGGGUUAGAUUUUAGAUUUGCUUAAUGAGGUUAUUUAAUAUACAGGUUUCUCGAUGUUUUUGUCCAUAUUUUAAUGUUUUUGUCCAUGUAUCAUAUGCACGCCAAAGUGGAAUUUGGCGUAUGUAUUGCACGAGUUUUACACUUCGUGCUAUUUAUACGCAUUUUCAGGAGACUGGGCUGCUCUACUGACUGUUGAAGACUGUGGUUGUAAGCUUCACUGUGUAUUUAUCACAUCAAUAUGUAAUAUAUUCAUGUUUUAUCUAAAGAUCAUUAAAGUUAAAAGCCACAUCAGAUCUGCUGUUCACAAAAACAGCACAUAAGAUAAAACCAUUUACAUACGAGAUCAAAUCUACUGACUGUUAAAGACUAUGGUUGUAAGUUGUAAAACGACUGAAGUGUUUUAUUUGCUUUGUUUUUCGUUCUAGUUCUGUGAAGUAUUAUUGUUAUUGAUCUGUUUGAUCAGUGUAUAUACAUCUUAAAUUUAAAUUUCCUUAUAGUUUUCUAUGCAUAUUAAGGAGAAACUCUUGGUCUGCAUUGAUAGAUCUGUAGAAACAUAAAUUUGUGUUUCAUUUCAUCUA